AUGCCUCUCAAGGGAAUCCCAAGACAGCUUUCACCUGAUCUUCUCAAAGUUCUCGCUGAAAUGGGACACGGUGAUGAAAUUAUUUUGGCAGAUGCUCAUUUUCCGACGACCUCAAUAUGUAGCAAAGGUCCUAUACAGGUCAGAGCUGACGGUCUGGGAGCUGCUGUGCUGCUGAAGGGAAUUGUACAGCUGUUUCCCUUGGAUCAGUAUGUGGAUUAUCCUGUCGCUAGGAUGGACUUGGUGCCUUCAGACAAAGUUAAAGGUCUGCCAACACCCAUCUGGGAUCAGUAUAAACUGAUUUUAGAGACAGCUGAAAAUAAAGAGGUGCAGAUUGAGCUUGUGGAAAGGUUUGAUUUUUAUGAACGUGCCAAGAAAGCUUAUGCCAUUGUUCAUACAGGUGAAACAGAGCAAUAUUCAAAUAUUAUCCUCAAGAAAGGACUAGUCCUUGACUGA